AUGAUCUGUAGUCGAUGUCUUCAUUCGGACCAUCAUCGCUCAUGUGGAAAUGAGGUUGUUGAUUUGUGUAAGGAGGCAACACAUUUUGAUAACGACAAAGCUAAUGAUAUGACCGCAGCUUUAAGUGAUGUAAGGGAUGUAAUUAAGUGCAUGAAGGAUGAAGUUGAUCGAAAAAACACAACAAGUAUUACCCAAGAGAAAAAAUGCAAAGAAGAUUUGGAUGAUUUGGAAAAUAAACUGAAGAGAAACGUGGAAGAGUCGAUAAGAGGUUUUAGUGAGGAAGCGUGUAAGGUUAACAAGGAAAACCAAGAUGCAUUAUCAUGCAUUUCUUCCGUUUGUGAUGAGAAAUUGUUAUGGAUCGAUGAUGAGGAGCGUCAAAUCGAUGACUUUGUUAGCAACUCGUUGAGUGGUAGCCUUUACCUUUUGGGCCGAAACUUUGACAAGAGAAUUUCGGAAGUUAAAAAGCAGCUAAAGGAAGCCGAAUUUAAACAUACAUUUAAACACUUUUGCCUAAAACAAAACAAGGUGGCAUUAAAAUGCUUGUUGGAAGACUUGAGAGAUGUUUGUGAAGUUCAGGAUGAAGUUGAUGGAAGCGACGAAGGAACCACAAAGUCAGUUGAGAGUACGCGUCAAGAAACGCUAAUGGCGCGUAAGGAACUUAUCAAAGCAUUGAUGCAAGCGAAACUUGACGAAGCAGAAGCAGAAAACACAAAACAAGAACUUUGUAAUGAGCUGAAACAAGUGAAAAAAGACCUUGAUGAUUCAGAAAAGGCAAAGCGAGGGUUCGAACAAGAGUUAUUGAAAGCGAAACAGAGCAUAGAAAAUUCUGAAAAGGCAAAGGAGCGAGGGUUAGAACAAGAGCUAUUAAAAGCGAAUCAGGGCAAAGAGACAAAGCAGGAAUUGUAUGUUGAGGUGGAACAAGUGAAACAAGACCUUGAUAAUACAGAAAAGAACACAGAUCUAAAACAAGCCCAGGAGCUGAAAGAACAGGGAAACAAAUCCUUCCUGGCCGCCAAGUACAAUGAGGCAAUCGCAUUUUACACCCAGGCCAUCGAAGUGUGCCCCGCAGAAAAUAAAGAUGAACUGUCAAAAUUCUAUGCUAACAGAGCUGCAGCUUACGAAAAACUUGAAAUCCCGCAAGAAGUGCUAGAGAACUGCACAGAUGCUAUCAAACUGAAUGGUAAAUACACGAAGGCCCUGCUCCGACGGGCCAAAGCAGCGGAACAGUUGGGAGACCUGCAGAUGUCACUAGAAGAUGUGACAACUGUGUGUUUACUGGAAGAAUUCAAGAACCAGGCCACGGUACAAAUGGCUGACAAAGUGCUCAAAGCUCUCGGCAAAGAAAACGCAAAAGAAGAGCUAAAGAAAAAGAAGAAGAGGAUGCCAUCGAAGCAUUUCUUGAAGUCAUACUUCAGCUCAUUCACUCAGGACCCAGUACAGCAGUUUGAGGAGCCGGAGGAGAAAGUCCUCAACAUCCCAGUGGAUGAUGAAUCCAUUGAAGAAAAUGCUGGUCAGUCAGGAGCUGGUGACAAUCCCGCAGUUAAUGGGCUGUCAACAUCAGCAGAGAAGAGUGUAUUCAGUAAGGCAUUGGCCAGUUUGAAAGCGGGUGAUUAUGAGCAGAUUAUUCCACUUUGUACUGAAGAGCUGCGCCUCACUCCCCACUCCCCUUACCAACAGCUGGCCCUGCUGCUCCGGGGAACCAUGUUUAACCUCACCGCACAGACCUCUGAGGCAAUCGCAGACUUUGAUAAGCUCCUGGAAGUUGAUAAUUUAGAUAAAAAGGUUAAAGUAAAUGCAUUAAUAAAGCGUGGCGGACUGUAUAUCAACCAGGGCCGGCGUACAGAUGGCUUAGAUGACUUUGCCCAAGCAAUUAGGAUAGACUCUAGUAACUCAGAUAUAUAUCAUCAUAGAGGAUAUCAAAAUAUACAAAUUGAUAGACUAGAAGAUGCUAUACGAGACUUUGGAAACAGCAUCUCUAAAAACCCAGACUUCCCUAAUUCAUAUAUACAAAAAUCCUACGCAGAACACCGUCGAGCAGCUGCUGAGAAGAGUACAACCAAACUAGAGAUGGCGAUCAAAUCCUUUAAGCAAACUUUGAAGAUGUUUCCUGAUAACCCUGAUGGGCAUGCUCUUUAUGCUUAUGCAUUAUGUGAGCUGGGGCGGUUUGAAGAUGCAGACAAUGUGUUGGAGACUGCUAUCAAACUAGAACCAGACAAUGCCAACACCCUUGUACAAAAAGCGUUACUGAAGCUUCACUGGAAACAGACCAUUGACGAAUCGGUUGCUCUUAUCAAGCAGGCCAUUGAUCUCGAUUACAAAUGUGAAUACGCUUAUGAGAUGCUCGGAACUAUCGAGGUGCAGAGGGGUGACAGGGUGAAUGCCGUCAAGUUUUUCAAGAAGGCGAUUGACCUGUGUUGUACGGAGUUGCGUAUGUCCCACCUCUUCUUCCUUCUACAUGCAUCCAAAGCCCAGCUGAAAGCCUCUGAGAUGCUGGAAAUUCCUCUGCCCAAAGGCUUCUCCCCAAUGUAG